ACAGAGUGGAAAGAUCAUCAGACGAGGAAAAUUUGUUUCCUCGAUUUUCCGUGCUUUCGAAAUGAAGAUUCUCAUAAAACUAGCCGCACUGGUGGCGGUGGCAUUUUGCUUAUUUCAACUCGUGAACAGCCAAACAUCCAAAAAUGCCCGAAGUGGACAGCAAUCCUUGUCUGAUAAAGUACAGCAGCUGCUGGAUAUGAAUACCAAACGCCCGGUACUGCGAUUCAACGGCAACAAGUUCCGGGACUUUGUGAAGUCGGCUCCUCGUAACUACUCGGUUAUCGUAAUGUUCACGGCAAUGGCUCCGGCACGGCAGUGCGUAAUCUGUCGUCAUGCGCAUGAUGAGUACACGAUUGUGGCCAACUCGUACCGCUACUCGCAAACAUACUCGAACAAGUUGUUCUUUGCAAUGGUCGACUUUGACGAAGGAUCCGACGUGUUCCAAAUGCUGCGCCUAAACACGGCGCCAGUCUUUAUCCAUUUCCCCCCGAAGGGAAAACCCAAACCAGCGGAUACCAUGGACAUUCAGCGAGUGGGAGUAUCGGCAGAAGUGAUCGGCAAAUGGAUCCAAGAGCGCACCGACAUCCAGAUAAGAAUCUUCCGUCCACCGAACUAUUCCGCUACGGUGGCGGUCUUAAUGCUGUCCCUCUUUGUCGGUGGUUUCCUUUACCUACGUCGGAAUAAUCUCGACUUUCUGUACAAUAAGCAAAUGUGGGCUCUGCUUGCGGUCAUCUUUUGCUUCGCGAUGGUAUCCGGACAAAUGUGGAACCACAUUCGCAGUCCACCGUUUGUGCACAAAAGUCAGAACGGUGGCAUUGCGUACAUUCAUGGCUCAUCACAGGGUCAGCUGGUAAUCGAAACAUAUAUUGUAAUGUUUUUGAGUAAGUAUACGUCCGACCAAGCAUUAUGCUUGAAUCAGUGUGGUAACAAACAUUUCUUUGCAGAUGCAAUGAUUGUUUUGGGCAUGGUACUGCUGACGGAGGCUGGAUGGCAGAACGAUAACCGCAAGAGCAAAGUUACCGCUAUCGUAGGUCUCUUUUUGGUGGUCAUCUUCUUCUCGUUAAUUCUAUCGAUAUUCCGUUCGAAGGCACAAGGAUAUCCGUACAGCUUCCUCUUCAAGUAGGCCUAGGGAAAUGCAGAGUUUUCACAGUUCGAAUACGUCCUCCGAAACGUGAUUUGCGCCUAGAAGGGCACCACCAAACAACAGAAGCUGAAAAUUGGACUUUAAAAAUUGGAGAGCAGAGGUGAAACUAAGAAAACAUCUAUAUC